GUCAACAAUUUUUUUAGUUUUUGUGUAGAGCCACCAUUUGAGUGCAAUUUAUUGUGAUUGUGAAAAAUUAAAAGAGUUCAACACAAUGAUAUCUUCAAGAUCUUUCGAUAGCUCGAAUUCAAGUUUAACUAUUGCAGAUAUACCAGAUUUUGACAAUAUGCAAGAAGUUUCAAGAAUAACCAGGCACCGCAACAAUAGAGGAAUUCCAGAAUAUCUGGUGGAAUGGAAAGAUGGAUCGCCGGCUUCUUGGGUUAAUUAUUCUGAAUGCUAUUGCCCAAACUUGGUUUUUGAAUACGAAAAGAGCAAAGGUUAUUGGAAUGCCGAAUACGAAAUUGAAUCCAUCCUUGACGUAUUUCAAAAUGAAGUCGGUCAAACUGAGUAUUUGGUUAAAUGGAAGGAUCGGCUGGUGAGCACAAAGGAAAAUCCCAAUACGUGGUUCGACCAGUACUCUUGGGUUAACGAAAAUGACAUGGCAUCAGCACAAGAUCUUAUCGAAGAGUUUCAUCGAACUGGCUUUCAAUAUAUACCAGGAACCGGAAAACGUUGGAUACGAAAAAUUUUCACCGUUAAUCGAAAGUAUCCAAUUGAUUGUUAUCUUUGUGGAUUUGAUGGUACCGUUGGACCUAAGAAUAGAUUUUAUAGCAUCGAUGAUGUUUAUCUAAUGCCGAACGGACGUCGAGCUCUACGUCUUUUUAACGAAAGUCUUAAUGGAAUUAAUGAUGUAUAAGAUAUAAGUGGAAUAUUGGCAACGACAUUCACACAGAGAAAUCUCAGUCAAUCGAAAUCACUUUGCCAAAAAUUGAAUAGAAAAAAUAAAUAAAUUUGAUUCAAGAUUUUAGUCACAUUUCGACAAUGUUUAU